UGGUUAAAUUUAAAUUCUUGAUAUGUAACAAGUAGUGGUUAACUAGUAAUCAAUUUCCGACUUCUUAGUGAUUUUGAUCACUUUUGUUCUAGGUGAACUGUAGUUUGGUGAUUACUAUGUUUGCUAAAAUGCAAGGGCUAAUGUUGAAAGUCUUCUUGGAUCAUCACUAUGCAUGGAGUAAGAGAACCAUAGAUCAAGUUUCUAGAGUGGAAUGGUUUCCCCCGGACCCAGAUCCUACAAUGGGAGAAUCCCUUGUUGCCUAGAUGGCCAUCAUCCUGGCGAGAGAAGAAAAUCUAUCAAAGCUGGUUAUCGAAGGUGAUUUAGAAGUCGUGAUUGUAGCAAUAAAUGAACCUAGUUUGGUUAAACUAUGGAGAAUUGAACCGAUAAUUCAAAGUAUCAAAGAUGGACUUUCACUCUUUGAAGGCUUGCAAGCCGUGAAGAUUCAUAGGUUAGUUAACAGUCUGACCCAUAAUCUUGCAAAGUGGGCCGCCUAGUCGCAUUCCCGUUAAUGUUCUUGAAAUGCAAAAUAUUUGGACUUAUGUUGGGAGUAGUCCCCUUGGUUUCCUCCUUUCUCGUUAAUAAAAUAUUGCCUCACACCAAAAAAAGAAAAACAUCAUUUACAUUUUAUUAUUUUAAUGUAUAAUCCAACUUUAAAUGGAAAAGGAAAAAAAAUCUGUCAAAUAUUUACUGUGUCAAAUGUACCAAAAUAUAGUUUUACAUUAGCUGAAUCUGUCAAAGCCUAUAUCUUACUUGUCUCACUCACAUAUAUCUAUUUGUCUCUUUCUCCUCCUAUUUCUCUCCAUCUCACAUUUCAUUGUUUCAGUUUCCUUUGGAGAGAAAAGAAAGUAAAAAUUACAACAGAAAAACACAAGAGAAUUAGCUCAUCACCCCCGCCGGAGACGCAGCCGAUAUCUCCCACCUUUCAAUACCAACGUUAAACAUAAAAACAAUGAGAAGCAAUAUCAAUAUCCCUCCAAGAAUUGGUAAUGGCACCACCCAAGCUUGCGCUGCUUGCAAAUACCAGCGCAGGAAAUGCGCUCCUGACUGCAUUCUCGCUCCUUAUUUUCCUCAUGAUCGCCAGACCCAAUUCCUCAAUGCACAUAAAUUAUUUGGUGUUAGCAACAUUACCAAAUGCAUCAAGGACCUCGACCCUCCUCAGAAAGUGGAAGCCAUGAAAACCAUCAUCUUCCAAUCAGAUGUCCGCGCCAACGAUCCUGUUGGUGGUUGUUACAGAAUCAUAUGCGAGCUUCAACGCCAGAUUGAAUACAACAAAGCUGAACUUGAACUUGUUCUUCACCAACUAGCGGUAUGUCAUGCACAGGCUCAGCAGCGGCAGCAACAACAAUCAAUCAACAUGAACCUGAAUGCUAAUGCUACCUCGGAGUCUAAUGAUUCAAUGCGCGGCUGUCAUGAGAUGGUUAGCAAUAAUAACAAUGCAGUGGAUCCUCUGAACAUGCAAUAUUACUAUCUUCAGUCAUAUCAAGAUCCGCAGACCCAACAACAAUUGCAAGACCAAGAAGCUAUGGGACUGUGGACGACUGCCUUGCAGGAUUCUAGUUUAUCUACAUCGUCGUCUUCACUGGGUGUUAAGCAGAGUUUUGUUAAUGAAUGCGAUGAUAUGAAGCCGGUUCUUGGUGUUCAGUUAGAGAGACACGACGUGAAGUUCGAGCCUGAAGAGCCAGUCGAGCGAAGGUUUGCACCAUCCACACAAUUACUAUCUAUCUGAGUUUUGUCAUCAAGGGGGCUUGUUUAUUAUUUUCACAUGAUGUAUUGCAAUUGCAUGCAUAUUCAUGGACAGAAUAAGAUGAGAUUUUGUGAAAUGAUGCUGGUUUUUAUGAAUACAUAUAGCCUUCGGAUUCUAUUUGAAGAGCCAAUUCCUCGACAACUCCAUAAACUCCCUCCAAGCCUGCAUAUAUGUUUGAAAGCAGAAUGUGUGUCAAUAACAAGGAUGUGUGAUGCAGUUUCUUCAACAAUUUC